ACUAAACUUGAAAAACGAAGAGGAAGUGCAAAACGGAAUCAGCACAUAAAGAGAAUAUGAAAAUGAAAAUGAAAAUGAACUGAAAGCAAAAUAGAGGGAGCGAUUGAGUGUUGUGUAAGAUGAGUGAUUUGGUGUACAGAAUCAGCACAGCAAAGGAAUGGGAGGAAUUGCAAAGCAAUGGUUCCACUUUCGGUGGUCAACUUGACAAGAAUACUGCUUUCAUCCAUCUCAGCAAACUCGAUCAGGUUCGUUCAACGCUGGAUAAUUUUUUCUUGAAUUGUAAAGAUGAACUCUACAUGCUUCAGAUUGAUGCUAAAAAGCUUGGCGAUGGUUUGGUGUAUGAAACUGUGGACGGUUCAAAUAGCUUCCCGCAUUUUUAUGGGCCAGAUCGAAGCUUCAUCCCUCUCCCUCUAGAUGUGGUCACAAAAGCGGAGAAGCUGUCUCUCUCAAAUGGUCGGUUCAGUUGUAGUUUGCUCGACUAAGUAAUCUGCUGAUCAGCUGUCUGGCAUUAUCUUGUUAUUUCAUAUACUUCGUUGUAGUGUGUGUGUACUAUAUGUUGACUACAUCUGUAACGACAAACCAUGACCAUCCUUUCUUAAUGAAGGAGAUGGAAUGCUAAGUUUUUGAAAUGUUACUAUUGAACUUCUAAGUAGCUUGAGAACUAAUGAUCAUAUUGUACUAUUUUUUGGUAUCUCAAAUUCUCAAUCAACAUGUAGCUCUUGUUUA